GCGACCAAGAAGUUGUUUCAGUCCUUUUAUUAUUCUCCGAGUCUAGACAUUCUGCAAUCGCAGAACUUCUUCCUUCGUCACAGAUCGGAGUUUUUGUUUUCGACGCCGACCGGAGAAUCUGAUAAAAGGAAGAUGUCUGCUACCCAGGAAGAAGACAAGAAGCCCGGAGACCAAGGACCAGCUCACAUCAAUCUCAAAGUCAAGGGCCAGGAUGGAAAUGAAGUCUUUUUUAGGAUCAAGAGGGCCACUCAGCUGAAGAAGCUGAUGACCGCUUACUGUGACCGUCAAUCUGUGGAUUUCAACUCUAUCGCUUUCUUGUUUGAUGGCCGUCGUCUCCGUGCUGAACAGACUCCAGAUGAGCUUGAUAUGGAAGAAGGAGAUGAGAUCGAUGCAAUGCUCCAUCAAACCGGUGGUGUUGCUAUUUGCUAAUGGCCUCUAUAUGUUAUGUUUUUAGUGGUCCUUUAUGGUGGUUUAAUAAGAGGGUCUGUGAUACAUAUUAGUUUUCAAUAAGACGGUGUAAUGUUAUUAUUGGAUGGAUCAUUAAAUAUCUAAUGUGCUUUGUUUAA